ACUCCAUCUACAAAGUGGCUGCUUUCAAAAAUUGUCUUAAUUCUCAUAUCCGGCCUGGAAGCCAUCAUUUUGACCAUGUACCGCGUCCCUCAAAUAUCCACCGUACUCACCGGUAGUACCGUUCUGUUUACGGCCACCAUUUUCAUUCUCUGUUCUUUCAUUUACAAAUUACUCUUUGAUCCUCUCAAGCAUAUUCCCGGCCCAUUCGCGGCCCGCCUCAGUCGGUUGUGGGAGCUUAAGGUUACACGUCAAGGUGAUUUCCAGAAACAGCAUCUCGAACUUCACCACAAGUACGGGAAAAUUGUACGCCUAGCGCCGAACAAGUACAGCUUCUCAGAUCCAGAAAUUGUCAAGCAGAUCUAUGGUCAUGGAUCGAAAUUCGUCAAAGCUCCAUUCUAUGGGCCGUUCGGUAACCCAGAUUAUGUGCAUGCUGAUCUAUUCUCGGAGCAAGAUCCUAAUCGUCAUGCGGCAAAAAGACGAAAAGUCGCCUCACUGUACUCCAUGACAACCCUACUUAGCUACGAACCAUUUGUGGACAAAUGCAAUGCUACAUUCUGCCAAAAGCUGUCAAAUUUUGCUGCUGAUGAAGUGUCGUUCGACGUGCCUCAAUGGAUGCAAUUCUAUGCUUUUGAUGUCAUAGGAGAGAUAUCGGUCGGACAGUCCUUUGGAUUUUUAGAUGGGAAAAGGGAGCACGACAACAUUCUCGAAGCUAUACACCAGUCAAUGGUCUACGGAUCCCGCGUGGGUUUAUUUCCCGGUCUUCACCCCGUGAUCUGCAAAAUUGCUGCAAUUGCUGGAUUUCCCACUCCAGUUCAAGCCGUUAUCGCCUACAUCAAUGCUCAGCGAGAGGCAAGGGAGACUGGAUUGGCUCACAGUGAUCGAGACGACUUUCUCACUAAGCUCAGAGACUUACGAGAGAAAGGGAAGCUGGGUGAUCCGGACAUAUUCAAUUCCUUGGGAGCAAACAUUGCCGCUGGUUCCGAUACGACAGGCGUAACAAUGAGCACAGUCGUUUACUACUUGGCAAGGAGUAAGGAUAAAGCAGAAACGCUUCAGCGGGAGAUUGAUAUGCUCGAAGCGGGGCGGACGUUGUCCAGCCCAGUGACUUUCCAGGAAUGCCAGAAGUUGCCAUAUCUCCAGGCAGUGUUGAAGGAGACAUUGAGAAUCCACCCUGCCACUGGCCAACUGUUGUCUAGGCUCGUCCCACCUGGGGGCGCGAUUCUUUCGGGCCAGCACUUUCCUGAAGGGGUAGAAGUUGGCACAAGCCCGUGGCUGAUACAUUUCGAUCCCAAUAUUUUUGGCUCGAAUGUUCAUGAAUUCCGUCCCGAGAGGUGGCUCGAAGAUGCAGAACGUGCCAGAACCAUGGAAUCUAGCUUGCUUACUUUUGGUGCCGGUGCCCGAACAUGCCUUGGAAAGAAUAUCAGCUUGCUUGAGAUCAGCAAGUUGACGUUUCAGCUGUUCUCCAAAUUCAACUUUGAUUUGUCUGAGCCGGAGCGGGAGUGGGACCUGGACAUGGUUUGGUUUGUAAAACAGAAGUUCAAUGCUCGGGUCAAGGUACGGCAGCAAAAGUAUACAGCUGAGUGAUACACAUAACAUCUGUAUAUUGAGCAUUGGUUCUGCAGCUGAGCUGCUACCAGUAUUCAAGUGCAACCUCCGCAAAUGUUGAGAAGAUAAAGCGAAUAACGAGGUUGCCUAAGCAAUGGUAGUGAAAGAGCAGGA